UUCUUCAGUUCACCAACAAAAGGCACACCUAUCUUUUCAAAAACCAGUCAGAGAAGAAAAAAAAGUCGGUAAAAGACGCUGGGUCUCGGUGGAGCUGCCUACCAGAAAUUCAAUUCUUAAUCAAAGGUUUCAAAAUUUUAAUGAGCUUAUAAUCGAUUCCAUAAAAUUAGAGCUGGAAUUUACGUGGAAGAAUCCGAUUGAUUGAUAAUUAGACAGUUAUAUAGAUAGAGAAAGGUCAAAUGCCGGACGAGGACCUAAUUGAUAUAAAGUUUAGAUUAUACGAUGGGUCGGAUAUCGGGCCGUUCGGAUACUCAUCGGCAUCAACAGUUGAUAUGCUCAAGCAGAGGAUUGUAUCGGAUUGGCCUAAAGGUAAAACAAUUACUCCAAAGGCGGUCACGGAAGUGAAAUUGAUAAGUUCUGGCAAAAUUUUGGAUAACAACAAAACUGUUGGUCAAUGUAGAAAUCCUUUUGGCGAAGUUGCUGGGGGGAUCAUCAUAAUGCACGUUGUUGUACAGCCAUCUCUAACAAAAACAAAAACAGAAAAGAAGAUCGAUGAUUCUCCGAGGAAAAUUGUGUGCUCGUGCUCCAUUUUAUGAGGGUUAAGGUGUAGAUAUUUGGCUGAAAUGCGCUAGGUACAGUAAUUGUUUUCUUUGAACACCUAUGCCGGAUGUUGGAGUAUUCAUGUGCACCAGUGCCGUGACUCAAACUAUAGUUUUGUGAUUAUAUUUCCUGAAACCUCUGUAUCUUGUGAUUUUUUUUGUUUUUUUUAGACCUGGAAACUCUGUAACAGUAAUAGAAACAUGUAAAUUGUAAGGACAAGAUCCACCACAAAUCAAAUUUGAAAUAGAAAUACGUUGAAUGUUGAUGUUA